AUGGCGGUCGGCUCAGCACUCGAUCCUUAUGCGGCCCUCGGAGUUCCACACGACGCCGCGCCCGCCGCGCUUCGAUCCGCAUACAAGAAACUAAUGCUGCAAUGUCACCCCGACAAGGUCCGCGACGAGGCCCAGCGAGCCGAGAAAGCCACGCAGUUCCAGAAAGUGCAGGAGGCCUACGAACUACUCAUCGAUCCCCGCCGGAGACGCAAGUACGAC